UAGAAAUGUCGUCCAAGGUCCUUGCCCCCGAGACUCUCCUCAAGCAGCGUAAGAACGCCGAGAAGACCGCCGCCGAGAAGGCUGCCGCCGCCGCCGCCUCCAAGAAGGAGCGCCGCCAGAAGCGCCAGGUCGUCUUCAAGCGUGCUGAGCAGUACGUCAAGGAGUACCAGCAGCGUGAGCGCGCCGAGAUCCGUCUCCGCCGCCAGGCCAAGCAGAACGGUAACUUCUACGUUCCCGCCCAGGCCAAGCUUGCCUUCGUUGUGCGUACCAAGGGUAUCAACAAGAUCCCGCCCAAGGCCCGCAAGAUCCUGCAGCUCCUCCGUCUGCUCCAGAUCAACAACGGUGUCUUCGUCCGCCUGACCUUCGCCACCACCCAGAUGCUGCAGGUCAUCACCCCCUACGCCGCCUGGGGUACCCCCAACCUCAAGUCGGUCAAGGAGCUGAUCUACAAGCGCGGUUACGCCAAGGUCAACAAGCAGCGCGUGCCCAUCACCGACAACUCUGUCAUCGAGCAGAACCUCGGCAAGUACGGCAUCAUCUGCGUUGAGGACCUCGUCCACGAGAUCUUCACCGUCGGCCCCAACUUCAAGGUCGCCAACAACUUCCUGUGGCCGUUCAAGCUGUCCAACCCCACUGGUGGCUGGUCUGGCCGUAAGGUCCGCCACUUCAUCGAGGGUGGUGACGCCGGUAACCGCGAGGAUGCCAUCAACGCGCUCAUCCGCCGCAUGAACUAA